AUGAGCCCCAACUCUAGUCAGGCUAAGAACAAGGGACCCAAGGCCUGUACAACAUGCGCUAAAGCUAAGGCAAGGUGCGUCCCUAGACCUCUAGGGAGCCUCAAAUGCGACCGGUGCCAUCGACUAGACAAGCCAUGUGUUAACCAAACUCCGGCUCCGGCCCGGCCCCGUAGAAGCCCGAAGCUGUCUAAGAUAGCUGCUUUGGAGAAACGCCUUGAAGAGCUGUCCUCGCACGUAAGGCGUGAGUCUUCAGAAGAGGAGGAUUCCUCGCCUCCACCUUCGACGAGUGAGAAACGCUCGGAGUUGUUGACCAAAUCUGAUGCCUGGGGGUUCAAUCACUUGUUUCCCUUAAAGCCGGGAAUUGAAAAUACCCCCGGUCAACAUCCUCCACCAUCAGCUCCUGACAAGACACGCCCAUGGGACUCCUGGUGGCCCACGCCCCGGGAAGCGGAGCUACUUCUCAACGGCUAUAGGACAAUCCACUCAUGUCUAUUUCCGUUUGUGUGUGUUCCUGGGCAUAUGACGGCCCUGGAGCUACGUGAGCAUCGGCCAUUCCUGUGGAAGGCUGUCAUGAUGGUAGGGUUGUUUCUUGAUGGAGCUAGACAGGUUAAGCUUGGCCAAGAAUUACUAGCUGAGAUUGGACGAGCAGCUGUCGUGGACGGCCUGAACAGUCUGGAUCUACUCCAGAGCUUGCAAAUGCUGGUGGCAUGGUUUCACUAUGCGUUGAAGGGCUCUCAAGUGACAAAUCUGCUGUUCCUUGCUAGAGCUAUAUGUGUAAAUUUGAGGUUCACAGAAGAUACGAGCCUGCAAGGAGAAGAAUCUGAUCGCAAUCUUGAUCAUAUGAGAGUUUACGCUGGCACUUAUUACCUAAAUACUUUAGUGUUCACAGCGAACAAGCGGCCUGAUGUCCUUAUGAAUACCAGCCAUCUGGAAAUGUGCUGUAGAGUUCUUGAGAGAACUAUGCAGCACCCCUCUGAUGAGUACUUGAUAAAGCUGGUGCGCAUUCAGCAGCUGGCACAGUCCAUAUCUGCCACAAUGUCAACAGAGAACCUAAGUCAGACCGCCAGUAAACUACCAUUGACAAUGGUUGUGCAAUCGUUUGAGGAACAGUUACAGCUGUACAAAGACAAUCUUGGCCCACGGUUUGCUGAUAACGAUAAUCUCAAGACCCAUGUCAACGUAGCCGAGGUGCUCCUCUAUGAGAUCGCCGUCUCGGAUCAACACUCUGCAGCAUCCUAUCUUCCUCUAACUGACCGACUCCAACUUCUUUGGGCUUGCGUCCGAUCCCUCAAGACCUUUUUCGAUAUCCGGUUCGAUCAUCGAGAAAUGGAACGCCCACGUUUCCUGUGUAUGAGUGCGUCUGAGCUUGUGUACACUAUCAUUGUUGGCAUCAAGGUCGUAACACUUCAAUUACCCGGGUGGAACCUUGCCCAGAUACACGCAGAGCUUGACAUGGUCGAGGUGAUGAGCCAGCAGGCCCAGGAUCUGGACAUCAUCGUGGGGCGCCGCAAACACGGCAACAUGCUAGGUACACCGACGCCCGGGGGGACAACAGCAGCUACACCCGCGCCUCCACCAGAUCCUUUCGAGAGACUUGUGAAGCAGCUCAAGUCUGUGAGAGAUUUGGUCAAGGCUGAGAGACAGCGUCUACUUACGGGAUCUGGCAACGCUGAUCUGGUGGACUUUAGUCAAGACUUCUUGAUGGAUGAUUCAGGAACGGACUUUUGGCAAGCGGCGGCUACAAGAGGCUAUAAUGUAUGGAACAUUAUCGGUGACCCUGGUGUCUUGAAUGAGUCGACUUGA